AUGGUGACACAAUCCCUCGAUCGCUUGGGCCAGCCUAUUACUACGUGGGGAGAGAUGAAACUGAAACUCACUGAGAAGUACGUCCUUUUUUACCAUCGAUCUCAACUCUUGGAACGUCUUCUUAACCAUCGGCAAAACUCUUCUACUGUGUCGGACUAUAGGACUCAUUUUGACGAGUUAUGGUACCGUUCUGACCUUACCGAACCCGAGGAUGUCUCAAUUACUAGGUUCCUUAAUGGCCUACGCCCAGACCUUAAACAUCAAGUCAUUGUCCUCAAUCCCGACUCGUUAGAGGAUGCUUUUCACAAGGCCCUUGAACACGAGCGAUAUUCCCGUUUUUUAUAUUCGCGUCGUGGCCUUUCGACCUUACCUGACCCACAUCUUUCUCGACCCCCUCUACCUGGUGCCCCUACUAGUAGCCCUACUUUCAGCCAGACCCGCUCCACUGUGGGCUAUCAUGCUCGUGGUCAUAUUGCCUCCCAAUGUCCCAAUCGUACACUCACCCUUGCACCGGAACCCCUACUUCCAACCCCGGAGAAUGAGUGCUUCACGAUCGACCCUAUUGACCAUUCUGAUGAGGAACUUGACCAAUUUGAGUGUUAUGAGGAGGAUCAUGUUGUUAUCUCUGUUAUGCGAUGUAUCCUUUCUACCCCUAUUGAUUCUGAUUCGUGGAAGCGUACUUCCAUUAUCUACACAUUUAUUCCAUGCAACUCUCGUUCAUGCAAAUUAGUUAUUGAUGGUGGUAGCACUAUGAAUGUCGUUUCUAAGUCUGUGGUGGGCAAGUUUGGCUUUAAACCCGAACCGCAUCCUCGCCCGUUUAAGGUAGCAUGGGUGGAUCGAACCUCAUUGCCUGUCACUCAUCGUUGUCUCGUCUCCCUUACGUUCGAUCCCCUUUUUUCGGAGGAAAUUUAUUGUGAUGUCUUACCUAUGGACGUUGCUCACAUCCUUUUGGGUCGCGCUUGGCUUUAUGAUCGUGAUGUUAGGCAUUUCGGGCGUGAUAACACGUAUGAAUUUCUCCACGAUGGCAAAACUAUUCUCUUUCUACCGGCCAAGCCUUCAGACCCCCCAAAGAAGACGACUUCUAUCUCCACGCCCAAGGGUGUUUCAGACAGUCGUAUUCAACUAUUGUCCCUUAAAGAUUUUGAACGUGAAGGUCAAGACACUGGGCUUAUGUUUGCCUUGGUUGCUAAGACAUGUUCUCGAACCUCUCCUGAUUCUCCCAUAGACAUCCCACCCGAAGUGUCUCCUUUACUCGAAGAGUUUAAUGAUAUUUUGCCUUUCGACCUACCUAAUGAACUCCCUUCUAUGCAGGAUAUUCAACACGCCAUUGAUCUUGUACCUGGCUCCCAGUUGCCAAAUCGACCCCAUUAUAGAAUGAACCCUACUGAGCAAGCUGAACUGAAUCGGCAAAUUGAAUCUCUACUCCAUAAAGGCUUUAUUCGUCCUAGUCUUAGCCCUAGUGCAAUUCCAGUUUUACUCACCCCUAAGAAGGAGGGCUCGUGGCGCAUGUGUGUUGAUAGUCGUGCCAUCAAUAAAAUCACCAUUAAGUACCGCUUCCCUAUUCCAUGA